UAAUUGAAAACCAACCUUAAGCUCUUUUUAUUUCCGCCCUAAAGGUAGCCCCGAUUAUUGCUGACUUAAGCAUCGGAGUGUCUACCCCGAGUUCCACCUCGGGACUUUGCAGGUCAUCUCGGAGUGCAAGCGCGGACUAAAGAAGGACUUCUGGUCUGGUGCAACUACAUUGGCGCCGUCUGUGGGAAUCGAACUAAAAGUUUUCUAGUUGCUCUUUCAUCAUGGUUCACACUCGAUCAGUCCGAGCUGGUAAUUCAUCUCUGCCUCAUGGCCAAGGUCAACCCUCAAACAACCUUCCACCUCUGAUCCCACCUCAAAUCCCACCUCAACUUUCACCUCAGGUCCCAACCAUAUUCCCUCCUGUUGAUCAUGCAGAAGGAGGAGAUGAAAAUCAACCCCAUACCUCAGCUCACAAUUCAACUUCCACUGCCAACCAAGACGCGGUGACAGCUCAGCUUACUGCCAUGCAGCAGCAGUUUGGUGUUUUUCAGUUGGUACUGGCUCAGCUUCUAGCUAGAAACAAUCCUGGUGAUCCCCUCAUUAAUUUACUAAACCUUGCUCAACAACCCCCAGCUCCACAACAGAAUCCCCAACCAGUUCACCCUGCUCAUGCUAUUAGCGAAUCUCAAGAUCAAUCCCACAUAGCACCCGCUCCACAACCCAUCCCUGAUGAUGUUACCCGCCGCCUUGAUAGCUUAGAAAAGCUGGUAGCUGGACCCCGAGGUGCCCCACCCCCACACCAUGCUGCGGAUUCCAUACCUCACCCCUUGAAUACCAACAUCACGCUGGAACCCUAUCCUACUGGUUUCAAAAUACCACAAUUGGAGACUUAUGAUGGGACGAAGGAUCCCGACGAUCACCUGCAUGCUUUUUACUCUUGCAUGCAAGCACAGAAUGCCUUUGACGCGUUAAUGUGCAAGAUCUUCCCCUCUACUCUGCGAGGUAAUGCUCGAACUUGGUAUUAUAGUUUACCUCCGAGGUCAAUUAGUUCUUACACAGAAAUGGCAUCUGCCUUUGCCACUAAGUUUUCCAGUAGAAGGUUGAUUAGGAAAACUACUACCGAAUUGAUGCGAGUUAAACAGAGGGAUGGGGAGUCCCUAAAGAACUACAUGAGCAGGUUCAAUGAUGCGGUGUUGGAGGUUAAUUCCUUUGAUCAAGCUGUGGGCAUUGCAGCUGUAAUCUCUAGUCUCAAACAUGACAGGUUCCGAGACAGUUUGAUCAAACAUGCUGCCACCACCUUUAGUGAGGUAAAUGACAGAUCUCUGAAAUUUAUAACUGCUGAGGAAUACGCCCUGACGCAAAAUCCACCUUCCUCUAAGAACCAGAACCCAGAAUGGCGAGAUGACAAUCCGAGUCGAAAAAGGAUGAGAAUGGCACAGAACCGAGGUCCAGUGUUGACCCCCCCACCGAGAUUCGGAAGGCCGAACUCCGCGCCUCCACAACAAUCUGCAGAGCAGUGUAACAGUUUAAAGUCCGAACUGGAAAGUUUAGCUCAGAAGGGAAUGUUGAAUGAGUAUGUACAGCGAGCUGAACAGCCGAGGUUUGUUAGAGAACAGAGGCCGCAGCCUCAAGGAGCCCACAAUCCCCCAAAUAGGCAAGGUGUGGGAUAUCAACAAACCCCACCUCCACUACCACCACCAGCCAGAAUCAUAUAUAUGAUUACGGGAGGCCUUGAAGCAGGUGGACUGAGCUCUAAGCAGAAGCUGUAUGUCAGGGAGGUUAAACAUCAAAACCGAGCUCAGAAGCGGAAGAUUGACGAUGCUGAAUGGAAGAAUCAACUGAUUACUUUCACAUCUGUUGAUCUCGAUACAGUUGUUACACCCCACAAUGAUCCUUUGGUCACUUCUGUCAUGAUUAACAACUGUGAAGUACAGCAUGUCCUUGUUGACACCGGGAGUGCACCAGACAUCAUGUACUUCCACUGUUUCAAGAGUCUGGGACUAGAUCCAGCAUUGUUGCAAAAGUAUGAUGGUCCUAUCUAUGGUUUCAAUAACCAACCUGUUCCGGUAGAAGGAGUUCUUACCCUCCAUGUGGCUUUUGGGAGGGGCAGAACCUAUGUGACUCCUUCAGUCCGUUUCCUUGUAGUCAAAAUGGCGUUCUCUUUCAACAUUGUUAUUGGCCGACCCACACUGACUGAAAUCCGAGCUGUGGUUUCCCAAUCUCACCUCUGUAUGAAGUUCCCAACCCCUAUGGGAAUAGCAACAUUGCGAGGAAACCAGGAGGUGGCCAGGCAUUGUUAUAUCACCUCGAUUGUAGAUAAUCGACCGGAAGAUGAAACCAGAGCUGCUCCAGUCGAAAAUGUUGAAGAAGUACUUAUUGAUGACAGAGAUCCGAGCCGAAAGACGCAGAUCGGAACUAGAUUGAACCCAGAGGAAAGGGUAGCGCUCAUAGCUUUUCUUCGAGCUAAUAAUGAUGUAUUCGCAUGGACUUCGGCAGAUAUGCCAGGAAUUCCAAAUUCAGUCUCUCAACAUAAGCUCAGCACCAAUCCAUUGAAGAAACCAGUGGCCCAGAAGCGGUGUCUCUUCGGGGGUGAGAGGCUUCAAGCUAUCAAAGAAGAGGUAACGAAGCUCCUGCAGGCUGGUUUUGUCAGGAAAGUUGAUUACUGUGAAUGGGUGGCUAACCCAGUUCUGGUGAAGAAGGCAAAUGGAAAAUGGCGAAUGUGUAUUGAUUACACAAAUCUUAAUAACGCCUGCCCUAAGGAUUGCUAUCCAAUGCCGAGCAUUGACAAACUAGUUGAAGCGGCUUCAGGCAAUGAGAGGUUAAGCCUCUUGGAUGCAUAUUCGGGGUAUCACCAGGUGCCAAUGGCUCUAGAAGACGAAGAGAAAACCGUGUUCUAUGCUGGUGAUGAAAUUUAUUGUUACGUCAUGAUGCCGUUUGGCUUGAAGAAUACAGGUGCUACUUAUCAGAAAAUGGUAACCGUUGUCUUCCACGCCCAGAUUGGCAAGAACCUGGAGGUAUAUGUCGAUGACAUUGUGGUAAAGAGCCUAAAAGCAGAAGACCAUCUCGCCGACCUCGACGACACCUUUAACAACCUUAGAAAGAACAAAAUGCGGUUGAACCCAGCCAAAUGCAUCUUCGGAGUGGAGUCUGGAAAAUUUCUAGGUUUCAUGGUGUCCCGAAGGGGAAUUGAGGUCAAUCCAGAGAAGAUCAGAGCAAUUGCCGAGAUGGAACCGCCGAAAUCAGUGAAGGAUAUACAAAGGCUGACUGGAAGGGUGGCAGCUCUGCAUCGCAACGUGCUGCACGGAGCAAAACUAAGGUAUCCUAUAGCUGAGAAAGCAGCAUUAGCAGUCGUCACUUUGGCCAGAAAGCUGAAGUCUUAUCUUAACUCACCGCCUCUGUUGACUAAGGCUGUAGAUGGCGAACUUCUUUACUUGUACCUGGGGAUUUCAAAUGAGGCUAUUAGUUCAGUUCUGGUGAGAGAAGAAGCUAGACAGCAGAAACCAAUUUAUUAUAUCAGCAGUGUGCUGCACGGAGCAGAGCUAAGGUAUCCUAUAGCUGAGAAAGCAGCAUUAGUAGUCGUCACUUCAGCCAGGAAGUUGAGGCCAUAUUUCCAGUCACACCCAAUUAUAGUUCUCACCGAUCAACCUCUCAGGCAGAUUCUGCAGAAACCAGAGUGCUCUGGAAGAUUAAUUAAAUGGGCAGUAAAACUGGGAGAGUUUGAGAUAACAUUUCAGCAGAGAUCGGCCAUCCGAGCUCAAGCAUUAGCAGAUUUUAUUGUCGAAUGCACUCCAUGCCCUUCAACCUCUAAUCUAAAGCUCAACGACUGGACCCUAUAUGUUGACGGAGCAUCUAGUAGCAAGGGUUCAGGGGCUGGCGCUCUCUUGAUUGGUCCAGAGGGAUACCGAAGUGAACAUGCCUUGAAGUUCAAUUUCGAUGCAACAAAUAACAUGGCUGAAUAUGAAGCUCUACUACUUGGUCUACAACUUGCACUAGAGUUGAAAAUCAGUGCAAUUCAAGUAUAUAGUGACUCUCAGCCGGUGGUGAACCAAAUCAACUCUAUUUGCGAAGUCAUUGAUCCUGUGAUGGUAAAGUAUGUAGCCUUGGUGGCCGAGCUGAAGUGCAAAUUUCAGAAAUUCUGUUUGAGUAAAAUUCCCAGAGCUGCGAAUGAACAGGCAGAUUCACUCUCCAAGUUUGCCUCUGAUAGCUCUUUCAGCUCCAGAUCCAUUUUUGUAGAGGUCUUAGAUGAACCAAGCUUCACGAAGCCUCGGGUGAUGGAGAUUAGCACAAACCCUGACACGCCGAGCUGGACUGAUUCAAUUGUCUGCUUCUUACAAGAUGGGAUAGUACCUGAGAACAAGCAUGAGGCAAUGAAAUUGAGGAAGAAAGCAUCUCGGUAUACACUUGUUGAUGGAGUCCUAUAUAAAAGAUCUUUUUCACUUCCUCUUCUGCGAUGUUUGAAUCCCUACGAAGUCGAGUAUGCACUUCGAGAGGUACAUGAAGGUGUCUGUGGGAGCCACGUCGGUGCUAGAACUCUGGCUCACAAAGUCUUAAGGCAGGGAUAUUACUGGCCAAACAUGUAUAAGGAUGCCAUUCACUUUGUUCAGAAAUGUCCGAAGUGCCAAUUCUUUGCACAUCUAACUCACCAACCUGCAGAAGAACUCACGAACUUGGUAGCACCAUGGCCAUUUGCACAGUGGGGACUAGAUCUUUUGGGUCCAUUCGUAAAAGGGGUUGGUGGUGUAACCCAUCUGGUUGUUGGUGUGGAUUAUUUCACAAAAUGGGUUGAAGCUCGGCCUUUGUCUAGUCUUACCUCCAAGAAGGUCGAAGAUUUUGUUUUCAGUUCGAUCAUCUGCAGAUAUGGGAUCCCAAAUCAAAUUGUGGAUGAUAAUGGAACUCAAUUCAAUUGCUCCUCAUUCCGAGAUUUCUGUUCCAGUUAUGGGAUCAAGUUACAGUUCGCCUCCGUUUACCAUCCGAAGUCCAAUGGCAUGGUGGAAUCUGUUAACAAAUGCAUUUUGGAAGGUAUAAGGCCGAGAUUGGAGCAGCAUAAGGCCAAGUGGGCAGACGAGCUCCACAACGUCCUCUGGGCAUACAGAACCACGAGCCGAACUGCCACAGGUGAAACACCCUACCACCUGGCCUUUGGCAUCGAAGCAGUCAUUCCCGUUGAGAUAGGAAUCCCAAGCUUCCGAGUUACCCAUUUCGAUGAGGGACGAAAUGGACAACUGCUUCGGGAAAACCUUGAUCUGCUUGCUGAAGUCAAAGAAGAAGCUCGGCUUCGAACUCUUGUAUACAAGCAGAAGCUAGCCAACUUCUACAAUAAACGGGUCCGCCCUCGAACUUUCAAAGUAGGAGACCUUGUUCUCAGAAAAGCUGGCCUAACGGGGUUUGAAACUCGUUUUGGCAAACUCACCCCGAACUGGGAAGGCCCUUAUGCUGUGGCCAAGGUGCCACAUCCUGGUGCCUAUGUCCUCCAAGACGCUGAAGGAAAACGAGUUCCUAGAGUCUGGAAUGUCAAUAACUUGAAGAAAUUUUACCCCUAAUGAAAGUCUUCUAAGCAAUCUAUGUCUUACUGUUCUUUAUGCUUUUCAUUUCGUGUUUAUUGAAAAUCAUUUUACCUCUUAUUCUAUGUAUCUGAGGUCAAUCAGUUCAUUCCCUUCUGUUAAAUUUGAAGUGCUUUAUCUGCUUUUAAUUUGUUCGCAUGCUGUACUUGUU